AUGCAGGAAGAAGCCUCGUUCUUUGAUGAGGCUUUUGAUCAUGUCAAAUGCAUCAAUCUAACGCGUCGUCCAGAUCGAUGGCAGGCCUUUUUGCGUCAACAUUUUGUGCCUCGUAAGCUAGAACGCUGGGAGGCAAUUGAUGGAAGUUUGUUGUUGACACAUGUACCUCCUAGCGAGGAGCAGGAGGAAUGUCAAAUGGAAUGGGAUGCCUCCCAAAAUGCCAAAUAUGAUCCUCACAUUCAACCCCCCAUGAUGAAAAGGUGUACCAUGGGAGAAGUUGGAUGUACUCUUUCACAUGUGGCUGCUUGGAAGGAAUUUUGUGUAUUAGAUGACAGUGCUGGUGGUGAUGGUAAUGGUGCUAGCACCAUGCUCAUUUUGGAGGACGAUGCCAUUUUUCAUCCUACCUUUUUAUCGUCCUUUUCCAAAAUGUGGAAGCUCGUACCAGAGGAUUGGGAUAUGUUCUAUCUGGGCUUUUGCAAUGUUGGCCCAACCACACCAGUGGUGACAGCAAGCAGUGUCAAGAAGAAUGAUCCAACGAACGAGGAUCCACGGCGACAAGAAGAACAGGGACAGCAACCCGAUUUCACAACCAUAUCCAUUGUCCGACCAUCGUAUGGGUUUUAUACCCACGCCUAUGCCCUUCGAACAAGGGGUGCUCAAAAGCUACUGUCGCAACUUCCAGUGGUCGGACCCAUUGAUACUUGGUUGGCCGACAAUUCUUGGUUUGGAAUGAAUGUCUAUUUGGGGGUCAUGGGAAGAUCCACGUGUAUCAUUGGGCAACAACGAAAGGAUCUAAAGAAUGACAUUGUGCAUUCCGCACACUGUAGGGAUUAA